GGGAUCUGUAGAGGACACUGUUGUGGGGGGAUCUGUAGAGGACACUGUUGUGGGGGAUCUGUAGAGGACACUGUUAUGGGGAGAACGUUUGUGUUUUUAUCACUCUACUGACAUUUACGAGUCCACAUAAUAACUUACACAAUAAAACUACGUUUCCCAUGAUGCUCCGCGGUGAGCAUGCGCGGUGUAUAUUGUUUAUGUGCCCGAUCUGCUCUGUCACUCUAACGUGCUGGGAUAUGCGGACUCUGUGAUUGGUGUCUGUGUGACAUUCUACGAUCGUAUUGGCUGUGCGGAGUCCCGCCCCCUCUCAGCUGACGCUUCAUGUUAGGUUGUACCGCGUGCAGGAGGAGGAGCGCCCACGUGUGUCCGGACAGGCCGGAGGAUCGCUCUGCCGCUAACCUGUGUAGCUGCGUUGCGGUGAUGGAAGGUGCGGGGGCCGGUGAUGGCGGAGGAUCGGGGCCGCCCAGUCCGGAGCCUGAUGGAGCCGCCGCCGCCGUCCUGGAGUUUCAUGAAGAUGAAGAAAUCAUUGAGGUCCUGGAGCUGAACGAGGGCGACCCUGACCCCGAUGACUUGGCCAGUGACAUGGAGGACGUGGACUUCGCGGAUGAACCAGAAGAUGGAGAAAUGGGGGACGAGGAAUGGGAGACAGAAGACGAGGGCGUGGAGGAGGGGGCGGAGCCUCAUGAUGACAGCGAGCUGACCUACGCCAAACACACUGCCUCCGUAUUCUGCGUCAGCCUUGACCCCAAGGAGAGCAGUCUGGCCGUGACUGGAGGAGAAGACGACAAGGCGUGUGUGUGGAGGAUCAGUGAUGGAGAGACCCUGUUCGAGUGCAAGGGUCAUAAGGACUCCGUCACCUGUGCAGUCUUCAGUUAUGACUCCACCAUGGUGGCCACAGGAGACAUGAGCGGCCUCAUUAAGGUGUGGAGAGUGGAGGACGCCCAGGAGGUCUGGUCAUUUGAAGUGGCGGAUCUAGAG